AUGUAUCGGAAGUUGUCUAAGUUAGAACACUCGGAAAUAAAACAACUUCUUACAGAAGCUAAUAUAGAUGUUGCAAAGCAUUACGCAACAAACAAAAAAGCACUCACUGACUUCAUUAAAGACUAUAAUGGUGCAAUAAGUUAUGAUAGAAUUCAUGAUUACAUUAAUAACAAAACAUUUCCUUUAAAUGACGUUGCUAUUGACUUAUAUCAUAGACGUUCAGUACCUCAUGAAGUAAGAAGAGAAAUGUUUGA